AUGGCCGGACUUAACCACCUCACCAUUCUCAUUACACUAGCAGCCGCCAUUGCCAUCUCCCUUUCCUUCCACCCUCACACAUCAACAGCCUCGGCGGCUGACGUGGACGACGACGUGGAGUACUACACCCUCGACAACCCGACCACGACGAGGUUCCGGUCGCGGAGCCUGUUCCUGAACGAGAGGAUCAGGAAAGGGAUGCGCUGCUCCCCCGGCGGCGGCAACAUCUGCGACGGCGUCCCCGCAAACAACGGGACCAGCCUCCUCUACUGCUGCAAGAACAACUGCCGGAACGUGUACCAGGACGAGAACAACUGCGGCGCGUGCGGGAACAAGUGCGGCUUCGGCCGCAGCUGCUGCAACGGCGCGUGUAUCAGCCUGGCGUAUGAUACCAACCACUGCGGGGAGUGCAACCAGCGGUGCUCUCCUGGCCAGAAGUGCGAGUACGGCUCUUGUGGGUACGCUUGA